GCGGUUUAACGUUUACUGCAGCUCUUCGGAAGAAUUAUGCCAGAGCCAUCGAAAUCUGCACCGGCCCCUAAAAAGGGUUCUAAGAAGACCAUCACUAAGGCGCAGAAGAAAGACGGGAAGAAACGCAAGCGUAGUCGUAAAGAGAGCUAUUCCAUUUACGUAUACAAAGUUCUGAAGCAGGUUCACCCAGACACUGGCAUCUCAUCAAAAGCCAUGGGAAUCAUGAACUCGUUCGUCAACGACAUCUUUGAGCGCAUCGCGGGUGAGGCGUCGCGCUUGGCGCAUUACAACAAGCGCUCCACGAUCACAUCUAGGGAGAUCCAGACGGCUGUGCGCCUACUGCUCCCUGGGGAGCUGGCCAAGCAUGCUGUUUCCGAGGGCACCAAAGCUGUUACCAAGUACACCAGCUCCAAGUAAGUGCUUGUAUAGGCACUUCUUAAUCCAAAGGCUCUUUUCAGAGCCACCCACUUUUUCGAAGAAGAGCUGAAACU